AUGACCCAAUCUUCAGAUAGACUCCCAACUUGUGGGUACAGAAUAUUCCUGCUAACAAUAUUAUGCUUGGUGCUCUCCCCGGCGGAUGCUUUAGUGCUUCUUUCGUCGACGGCAGUAUCAUCGGCAUCCUCCAGCAGCCUGGAUGACAAGACGGUUGUGGAGCGACAACUGGGGUACCUUCCUCCAAACUACCUGCAUGUUUCGGCAAGGACCAGACACGGAUCUCCCAUUGCCAUCAAGACGUAUCCAAUACUGAGGAAGAAGAAAGGCUAUGAUUCCGCCCAGAUACCGUUGGACCCAUCGUCUCCCAAGUCCUCGUGGGGAGUUCCUUUCCCCACAAACUAUUGGUUGACAUGUCCUGCCAUUUCCAGAGCGAUUGGAGAGAUUGAGCGAUUGGGGUAUAUCGGCUUGAUUGUGGACUAUUUGAAUUUGGAAGAACCAGCAAACUUUGACAAACGACAACAACUGCUGAGAUGCCACCAGCAAUGCGGGGAAGAUCGAUGGGAGACACUGGAACCAUCGGAUCGCGACUUUUUUCAACAAUACGCAGAGUCUGACCCAACCAUUGCCAACAUGAAAUUCAUGAUCCAAGAGUCGGGUAUUUCGGGUCUGGAGUAUCAAUCCAAACUGGAUGCUGGAUUUUUGACCGAGGUGUCCAUCAAGUGUCUCCAUACACACUAUGCGCACUUUUGCAGCACCACCACUCCCGAGCAACGGUUUUCCAGCAGUACAACACUGUUGGAAAAUCCCAUUGGACGAAUCACUCACAAUCUGCUACGUUCCAAGUUUCCGUCCUUGGAGCUAUGA